AUGGCCCUCAUCACAAUAUCUGGCUACCCAUCGUCAGGGAAAACGACAAGAGCGAAUCAGAUCUUUAAUUUCCUGGAAAUAAAGCUACAAGACCCAGAAUACCAAGGUCCCAAUCUCAAAGUCGUUCUCCUUUCUGACGAAUCACUGGAAAUUCCGCGAGCUGCUUACAAUGAUAGUAAAUCAGAGAAGGCUGCCCGUGGUGCUUUGUUUACUGCAAUUCAAAGACUCAUCGCCCGAGACACACUUCUGAUCGUUGAUUCCCUCAACUACAUAAAGGGUUUUCGAUACCAAGUGUAUUGUGCGGCGAGGGAAAUGAAGCUACGGGUCUGUACGGUCUACGUCGUCGCCACUCCAGACCUGUGUCGUGAAUGGAAUUCCAAACGAGGGGAUGGCCAUGCUUACGACCCCGAUACCAUUGAUAAUCUCAUCAUGAGAUACGAAGAGCCGUCUUCUAUGGUCCGAUGGGACUCUCCCAUGCUGACUGUAAUGUGGGAGGACACCGACAUCCCUGGGCCUCAAAUAUGGGAGGCGGUCACUUCGGGCAAUAUCAAGCCUCCAAACUCGGGGACUCUUAACGUGGCGAAAGCUCCUACAGACGCCCUACACGUUCUAGAACAAAUCACAGCAUCCAUGGUUUCUGCCAUACUGGCAGAAAGGUCCGUUUCACAAUCGGAGACACUGGUGUCACUGACACUCCCUGGAUCGAUCAAGUUUCAGCUUACUCUUCCAUCACGCCAUAUCACACUAUCUGAACUCCAGCGUUGCAAAAGACAGUUCAUCACAGUGCACAAAAAAGCAAUCACUCUUGGAACAACUGAAAAAGGUGCAGUGGAUUGGGAAGAAAACAGCAUUGCCCACAAGUUUGCCACAUAUCUGGAGGAACACCUAAGAGCUUAG